UUAACUCAACUGAUCUUAGAUGUUUCCAAAUAACUUAAUUUAAUCAAGUUCGACCUACAUUAAGUAUUUGAGUAGAGAUAACACGUUUCCAUCAGGUGGAGAUCAUGUUUAAAUCAAGUUCAGACAAAGAGUUUUUCUUUCAAAGAGCCAAAAUACACAAUAACUAUGAAUUGCCAUGAGACUGUGUUGGCUGUAAUUGUUGCAUUUCUCUUCUUGUUUUUUAUCUUUCCUUUAGUGAUUAUGAUUAUGCCAGUUCUGUGCAAUGAUUGGUCAACUGACAAGUCUGGAGAGGCCUGCCAUUUGUAUAUGAGGGAUGUAUAGUUCAGUACAUAUGAGGUCAGAGAAAGUCUUUUUACAGCACUGUGUGCCUGUAUUAGCUUUACUGUAUUGUGCAGCUCUUCACCUUUCUACAGGAUAAACACAAGAUCAGUGUUUGAACUGACCAUGAAUGAAGAUUUCGCUGAAAACAGGAAUAUUUCUAUUCCAUCUUAUUUCUACAUCAGUGGUUUUUCUGGUAUACCUCACGUGAGAUACUAUUAUAUAUUCUUGUUUUUUGUAUACAUUAUUACUGUGCUUGGAAACUCCUGCCUCAUGUUUGUUAUCAUUAUAGACAGAAAUCUUCACACUCCUAAAUAUAUCGCUGUCUUUAAUUUAUCACUGUCAGACGUUUGUGAGAGUACCGCUGUGAUCCCUCAGCUACUGGACACAUUUUUUUUUGGGAAUCAGUUGAUCCCAUAUGGAUUGUGUUUGUACAAUAUGUUCUCUGUCUUUUUAUUUCUUUCAGCGCAGUCACUAACGCUAGCUGUUCUGUCUUUUGACAGAUUCAUAGCCAUUUGUUUACCACUGAGGUAUCAUAUGAUUAUGACCCAUAGAUCAAUGCUUGUUAUAGUUGCAGUCACAUGGGCAGUGGCACUGUUUGUGAUAAUUACUGCUACAAUUUUCAUUAGUAGACUUUCUUUUUGCAGAGUUAUUGUCAUCAUAAACAGUUUCUACUGUGAUCAUGGGCCUAUAUAUCGUUCUGCCUGUAGCAAUAAUUUUCCAAGUUAUGUGAUAGGCAGAUUGUAUCCAAUAAUGAUUCUCGGGUUUCCUGCAUUUUUUAUUAUCUUUUCAUAUACAUGCAUAGCUGUAACAUUGUUCAGAAUCACAACCCCACAAGACCGUCAAAGAGCCACAAAGACAUGUACUGCUCAUUUAAUAUUAGUUGCCAUAUAUUAUGUACCCAUCACUUUUACAUAUGCACUUUCGUCCAUUAUUAACACUAACACAAGGAUCAUCAAUCUCUCUCUGACCUCUGCGCUUCCUCCAAUGCUUAACCCUAUAAUCUACACAUUCAUGACGGAGGAGUUCAUGGUGUCUGUGAAAAGGCUUCUUAAACAGAGAAUCAUAUUCCCAUCUCCAAAAUAAACGUCUUUAUCAACAUUGUAAUCACAUUAUUACUUUUAGACACUUUUCUCUUUUUUUUUUCUUUUUUCUGUGAAUGUUUAGAAUAAUGUAUGCUUCUAUAAUAUCACAGGUUCUAUAAAAAGCCAGACAACAGGUAUCAUGACCUCAUUAACAAAUUUUGAAACCACUAACAAACUACUGUAAUGUAAGCCACAAUUUACAUUAUGAAAAAAAAACUACAACAACAACAAUAAAACAAAUAAUGUGAAGGUUAAAUCAUUGUUCUUUUAGUGUGAAUUUCUUUUGUUCUGACAUACAUUGAAGUCUUUAUUUUACAGUCUUUUCAUGAAUUAUUUUUAUCAAACACUUUCAUUGUGAAAUGCAAAUCUUUUGCACUUAAUCGUUUCAAUAACACAUGCAUCACUACAUUGGCAACUACACAGUUAAUGUUUUUCAAACAAAACAACCUAAAGCACAACAUCAAUGUUUGCUGGCCCGUCCUCGAUUGAAGCACAGGCACUACUCUUCAGCACAAUGGUAACCUCACAAAAAUCAGACAAUACAGAAACACUUUAAAUCCCAAGGCAAGGCAAUUUUAUUUGUAUAGCACAUUUCAUACACAAUGGUAAUUCAAAGUGCUUUACAUAAAAAAGAAUAA